AAUAUGAGAUGAAUGCAUGAUUUGAAUCAUUUCACUCCUCUAUGCAUUCUUUAUCUUUCUUUCAUCCUCAAUCCCCCAAUUUUCCAUUGAUUUUUUGGUAUCUCAAUCGUUUCUGCAACUAAUAUCUUUAAUUGCGGGAAGUUGUAGUUUCUUUGUAGCUUUGAUCUUGCUUUUGUUUAAUUUCUUGUGGUAGGAGUUAGAUAGCCAUGGAUUUUGACCUUUUGAACAACCCCCAUCCACACCCAUUGUUCUUCAUUGAAGAGGGGGAGAAUGAUGAAGUGCUUUUCUGCAGUAGAUGUCAUCGAUUGUUGCAACCGCCGGCAUUCAGCUGCUCUGACUCUGACUGCAACUUCCAUAUCCAUCAAUCUUGCAUCGACCUUCCUCCUCAAAUCCACAACCGUUUCCACCCUCAACAUCCUCUUUCUCGGACCACCAACAACUACUUUUGUAUUACCUGUUGGCAAAUGCCGUCAGGUGAUGUUUAUCAGUGCUAUAGAUGCGGUUUUCAAAUUGAUGUCAAAUGCGCCAUCGCUGACACAAAAGCCAGUGGUCUUCGGCGAACGAAAGGUAACGAGUUUCGGCAUUUUAACCAUCUUCAUACAUUGACCCUUCAGCGAGAACAAAACAGAGAAACCGAUGAAAUUGUUUGUGUUGUUUGUGGAUUGCUUAUAAAAUCAGGUUCUUAUUACUUCUGCUCUUAUUGUGAUUCCCAUUUUCAUCAACAAUGCGCUGAGCUGCCGCGCGAGAUGUUAAACUCUGAUUUUCAUGAGCACCCUUUAUUUCUUCUUCCCAGAAGCUCUCCCCAAACCAUAUGUAAUAGUUGCAAAAAUGACUGUGGAGAGUUUGUCUAUAACUGUUCCUUGUGUGAAUUCAACCUUCAUAUUGCUUGCUUACAAUCUUUCAAACACAAACACACAUUCACCAAAUAUAGGAAUAGGACACAGUUUGUUUGUCGAGCAUGUGGUGAGGAAGACUAUGGAUUCUCUUGGUAUUGCAUCAUUUGUCAUCUUCCGGUUCAUAAAAAAUGUGCUGAAUUGCCGUUAACCUUGAGGAUAUUUGGACACCGACUCCAUGAUCUUAGCCUCACCUAUUUUCGUGAUGGGGUUGAUUAUGUUGGGAACAAGAUUGAUUGUAAGAUCUGCGGGGAGAAAAUAAGGACCAGAUAUGCUGCAUAUGGUUGUUACAAUUACAAAUGCAACUACUUUGUCCAUUUGGGUUGUGCUCAAACCCAACGUGUCGACUUUAACUUGUCAAUGGAUGCUCUUGAUUCUGCCGAUGAUGAAGACAUCAAGACUGAGAUUUCUGGCUCUAAGAUUCAACAUUUCAUUCAUCACCAUAGCUUGAAUUUGUUUUCCUCUGAGGAGGAGUUUGGACAAGACAAAGUUUGUGAUGGUUGUAUGAAGCGCCUUUCAGGUCCAUCUUUCGGUUGUGAGGAGUGUGAUUUCUUUGUCCACAAAGAAUGUCUUGAAUUGCCUAGAAAGAAAAGGAACUUCCUCCAUCAACAUAGGCUUGAUCUCAUAUCAAUCUCGAAUUUCGUCUUCCAAUGCAAAGCUUGUCUCAAUUAUUUCAAUGGCUUUGCCUACCAUUGCCAAACAUGUCUCUCCACAUUUGACACCCGAUGUGCCUCAAUCAAAAUUCCAUUUAUACACCCUGCUCACCAACACCCUUUAUCUCUUGACCGCACGAACAAAGACCACACAUGUGAGGGUUGUGGGGAGGGGGUGAAGCACAAGGUAGCGUUUCGAUGUGUUGACUGCAACUUCUAUUUGGAUGCAGGAUGUGCGACACUGCCACUUGGAGUAAGAUACAGAUUUGACCCACACCCUCUAGACCUGACAUUUAUAGAGGACGAAGAAGAAGAAGAGUAUUGUUGCGAUAUCUGUGAGGAAGAAAGAGAGCCAGGGUUGUGGUUCUAUGGCUGCCAAAAGUGCAGUUUUGCUGCACAUUUGGACUGUGCUGUUGGGAUGUUUCCUUACGUGAAGUUAAAGAAGCAUGAAGCUCAUAAGCAUGGGAUGAAAUUGGGAGUGAAAGAGAAGGAAGAGCACUGUGUGGCUUGUGGUGAAUCAUGUGCUAAGGAUUUGGCCUAUGAAUGCAUUUCCAAUUGCAAGUUCAAGGUGCAUGCCAUUGGGCCGUGUUACCACAGCCAGGUAGUGCAGGGGAGUUUGGCUUUCACCAACCGUUGCUUUUACUCUCAUGGAGUUGGACUCCCCCAACACACAAUUCAAAACGAGCGGAUUCUUAUAAAUAUUGGACCAUAUGGAGGUGGAGGUGGAAGUGCUUGGAAAGAAAAGGUUUUCACGUCAAUCAGAGCAUUUUCUAUUUAUCAUGCAGCAUGGAUUUACUCUUUUCAAAUUCAUUAUGAGAAGAACGGUGAGUCGAUAUGGUCAAUGAAGCAUGGUGGAGAUGGUGGUUCCAGAUCUGAGGUUGUGUUUGAUCAUCCAGAUGAAUAUCUUGUUUCAGUUCAUGGCUAUUAUAGUAGCUUAAGGGAUUGGAGUAUUGCAGCCACUGUUAUCCGAUCUCUGACAUUGGAAACAAAUAAAAGAAGUUAUGGGCCGUUUGGUGACGAAGAUGGAACCAAAUUUUCAUUCCCAGUGGGAAAAAACUUCUCUGGCCUCCAUGGAAGGUCUGGUUCUUUUCUUGAUGCAAUUGGAGGCUAUUCUAUUUGGACACAACAGCCUCAUCCUCUUUAGAGAAAGUGUAUCAACACUCAACACUUUGACAAUUUUAUGAUGCUAAAUAUGUUCCAAUAUAAACAAAAGAAAA